GCCGGGCCGAACGCGGAAGCGGGCGGCGGCUGGUGUCGGUGCGCGGCCAGCGGGGCCGGGCGCAGGAUGCGAGGAGGAGGAGGAGGAGGAGCAGCGGGAGGAGCGGCAGCAGUCGGAGGAACCGCCGCUGCGGCAGCAUGAGCGGGGCCGCGGCGAAGCAGCCCCCCGGAGCGGGGUCCGCGGACAAGGCGGCGGCGGCCGCCGGGGACUCGGUGCCGGAGCCGCCGCCGCCGUCGCUGCUGAGCGUGGACGUGACGGGUUUGGUGUCGCAGUUCGCCAGGAGCUUCGUGCUCAUCUUCCCCGUCUACGUGCUGGGCUACCUGGGGCUGAGCUUCAGCUGGGUGCUCAUCGCCCUGUGCGGGCUCUUCUGGAUCCGCAGGCACCGCGGCGGCAAAACCUCCCGCCUGGGCCGGGCUCUCGCCUUCCUGGAGGACGAGGAGGAGGCGGUGCGGCUCAGCGUCUCCUCGGCGGAUCUGCCCGCCUGGGUCCAUUUUCCAGAUACAGAGAGAGCAGAAUGGCUCAACAAGACUGUAAAACAGAUGUGGCCUUUUAUCUGCCAAUUUAUUGAGAAGCUCUUCCGGGAGACCAUAGAACCAGCAGUAAGAGGAGCAAACAACCACCUCAGCACCUUUAGUUUUACAAAGAUUGAUAUUGGUCAUCAGCCGCUGAGGAUAAAUGGUGUAAAAGUGUACACUGAAAAUGUGGACAAAAGGCAGAUCAUUUUGGAUCUUCAAAUCAGUUUUGUUGGAAACUGUGAAAUUGACUUGGAGAUCAAGAGAUACUUCUGCAGAGCUGGUGUGAAAAGUAUACAGAUCCAUGGUACUAUGAGAGUUAUCCUGGAACCACUGAUUGGAGACAUGCCUCUAAUUGGAGCACUAUCACUUUUUUUCCUUAGGAAACCUCUUUUAGAAAUUAACUGGACUGGACUGACCAAUCUUCUGGAUGUUCCAGGGCUGAAUGGCUUAUCGGAUACAAUAAUAUUGGAUAUAAUAUCCAACUACCUGGUCCUCCCAAAUAGAAUUACUGUUCCCCUUGUCAGUGAAGUGCAGAUUGCUCAGUUGCGGUUUCCUAUACCAAAGGGUGUUCUAAGGAUACACUUUAUUGAAGCUCAGGACCUGGAGGGUAAAGAUACCUACCUAAAAGGGAUUGUUAAAGGAAAGUCAGAUCCUUAUGGAAUCAUCCGUGUAGGCAACCAGAUUUUCCAAAGCAAGGUCAUCAAAGAAAAUCUCAAUCCAAAAUGGAAUGAAGUUUAUGAGGCCUUAGUAUAUGAACAUCCAGGACAGGAGCUAGAGAUUGAGCUGUUUGAUGAAGACCCAGAUAAAGAUGACUUCCUUGGAAGUUUGAUGAUAGAUUUAAUUGAAGUUGAAAAGGAACGACUUCUAGAUGAGUGGUUUACUUUGGAUGAAGUGUCCAAAGGAAAAUUGCAUUUAAAACUGGAGUGGCUCACAUUGAUGCCAACGGCAGAAAACCUAGACAAGGUGCUAACUAGCAUUAGAGCUGAUAAAGACCAAGCCAAUGAUGGACUUUCUUCUGCAUUACUUAUUCUCUAUUUGGACUCAGCAAGAAACCUGCCUAGUAUCUACGAGGGAAACUUUGGGUGUGGAUACUUAAAAGAGAGGAGAGCAUCGGGACUAGUCUUUUGUGAAAACACUACCUCACUCUAUAGAGCACUAUUUCAUAAUCCAUUAGAAUUUAACCCUGAUGGCUUGAAGAAGGCUGCUGUUCAGAAAGCCCUAAAGUCAGGAAAGAAAAUAAACAGCAAUCCCAACCCACUUGUUUUGCUGUCAGUUGGACACAAGGCACAGGAAAGUAAGAUUCGAUACAAGACCAAUGAACCAGUAUGGGAGGAAAACUUUACUUUCUUUGUACACAACCCCAAAAGACAAGAUCUUGAAGUUGAGGUGAGGGAUGAACAGCACCAGUGUUCUCUGGGGAACCUCAAACUGCCUCUAAGUCAGUUGCUAGAGAGUGAAGAUUUAACUAUGCAUCAGCGGUUCCACCUGAGCAACUCUGGUCCAAACAGCACUAUAAACAUGAAGAUUGCACUCAGGGUCCUUUCUCUUGAAAAGCAAGCAAGAUCUCCAGAUCAUCAACACUCAGCCCAAGUAAAAAGGCCGUCUGUUUCCAAAGAUGCAAGAAAAUCAUCUUUUAAGCCUCAGGUUCCUGUCUCGCCACCACUUGAUUCAAACAAACCUGUUCCAGCCUCCCCAGUGACUGACAGUGAUAAAAAGACAGAUGUGGCUGAAAAAAGUCAGCCUCCCAAUGCCAGUCCUCAGUGGCCAACAGAUCUCAGCCGAAGUUCUUCGAGUCUUCAUGCCUCUAACUUCAAUUAUUCUCCCAGCCACCUCUCAGUCAAGGAACCAACUCCUAGCAUAGCCUCAGACAUAUCUCUGCCCAUUGCUACACAGGAGCUACGGCAAAGACUACGACAACUUGAGAAUGGAACUACUUUGGGGCAGUCUCCGUUAGGACAGAUACAGCUAACAAUUCGUCAUAGUUCACAAAGAAACAAACUGAUUGUGGUAGUGCAUUCCUGCAGAAAUCUAAUAGCAUUUUCUGAAGAAGGAUCUGAUCCAUAUGUUCGAAUGUAUUUGUUGCCUGAUAAGAGAAGAUCAGGAAGAAGAAAAACACAUGUAUCAAAGAAGACCUUAAACCCAGUGUUUGAUCAAAUAUUUGAUUUCAGUGUUUCCCUCCCUGAAGUACAGAGAAGAACACUAGAUGUAGCAGUGAAGAACAGUGGUGGUUUCUUGUCCAAAGAUAAAGGGCUGCUUGGCAAAGUAUUGAUACCUCUGGCAUCUGAAGAACUUGCUAAAGGCUGGACCCAGUGGUAUGACUUAACAGAGGAUGGUACAAGACCACAUGGUGCAAGCUAGGCCCAUGGAAACUGGGAAUUCCUGACACAUACCUUUGCCAACCUUUAUAUAUUUUUUAAGCAUUGUUCUCACAGAUGUACCAAUAUUAUUUUUAUAGCUUUACCAAUUUAGUUGUUAGACACAUCCCCAAUAAUUUUAUAACACUUGGUCAUUUUAUGUAGACAUACAGUUUCUCAUUGUUAAAUUUUGUAUUUUAAUUUGCUCAACAGUUUUCCAUGUUACUGUCAUGUGCAAUCGUAAAGUAACCUUUUGUGUUUAAGUUCAUCUUUAUGGUGGUUAUACUUAUUAGAAAGUGAAAAGAUGUUUCCUGCCUUGUUUUAUAUCUCACCAAGCUAUACUGUACCAUGUAAAUAUAUACUAUUUUUUUAUAAUUCUUUCAUGCCGGUUUGAAUUAAGAAGAAAAUUAGAUAAAGGAUAUAGAUAUUUUCUUCUAAAUGCAUGUUAAUUUCUUCAAAUGAAUCUCUUUUGUCUUUGCAGCACAAUGGUCUUAAUGUUAAUCAUUUUGUGAUAUUCUUCAAAAACAAACUGCAGAAAAAUGUUUUUACUUUAUUGUGCUUCUGGCCCAGUGUGGCAACUUUAAAAUGUACAAAACAUUAACAUUUUAGUAUUUAUAUAUAAAUGUAUUAUUGGAAAAUCAUGCUAUAGAAUAUUAUAAACAGAAAUGAGAAUUCUAUAAAUAUUGUAUAAAGAGAGGUCCAUGAAUCACAAUUUAUAAAUUUGAGUUUUCAUUUAAUGGAGUAAACAUUACAAACAGUACAGUUUGUUAUACAGGUUCACUUGGGUUUUGUUAUUUAUUCCUGUACUCUACAGUACUGAACACGUGACCCUUUGAAGGCACGAGGACAUGGAUUUUACUGUAUUAUAAACAAAUCUCUAUUUAGAACUGUCCUGUCUGCCUUGUUUCACCGAUAAGGAAUACAAAUCGGCUUGCAAUGUAAGUUCAUACAGUAGGCAUACAUACAAAACAUAUGUUCUUUUUAUUAUAGAAUACUGUGCUAAAUAGUUUAUUAUUCUAUACCUUCCGUAAUACUACAAUGGAACACCAAUAUGUAAGAAAGUGUGAAACUGAGUUGAAAGUGACUGUCUUUACAGUUGCCUCAUUGCUACUUAGCAUGUUUGGUGCAUGAAGAAAAUGCACAUCAGUGGUCCACACAGCUUUCUUGAGAAAUAAUGGCGUUCUACUGAAGCAUUGCCAUAGUCUGCUGCAAGAUCAGUAGUGAUACUCAAACUGAUAAAAGUAGACAGUUGCAAGUUGAAGGGAGAGUAUCAGCCUCAACAGCUGAGCUCACAGCUCUAGUUUUAUGAAUUAUGGGGUGUUUUUGUAUCCUGAACUGAUUUUUCUUUUGCUGGUAAGUUUUCUCAGACUGUUAUUAAAAAAUAAAUAAAAAUGUGCAUUAUGAAUCCAAGAGAACAGUUGAGCUCUUUCAGAGCCAACAGCCUCAUUCUUGGAUAAGUAUGCAAUUAGACAGAAGAAGUACAUUAUUUAGCUAAGAUUCUAGAAUGAUCUCUCAGCCAAGAAAGAAUUUUAAAGCAUAACAAUAAACUCCUGAAAUUAGCUUUAUUGUAAAAUUACUGACGGAACCUUAAUUCUAGAUGUAGAAUAUGCCUACAUUACUAGAUGUACCAAAGUGCCUACCAUAGAUGUAGCUUUUUGUCUUUUUCAAGUUUAAGAAUUGACUUAUUUCAGUUUGUCAAAAUUCAAUUUAACAUUUCUCACACAGAUGUGACACACACAUACACCUCUAUACAGUGAUGGCCUUCUUAUUGCCACAUUUUAUAUGAGACAAUCUUUGCAAACAAACCUACGUUGAAGAUUUUGCUGCUGUUUUUCUGAGGGACUGGGCAAUAGAGAGAGGUUCUUUGUAAGAAAUGUUUCUGUUUGAAGGCUUCACUUUAUAUGGGAUUGUAUGAGUGUCUAUAUACAUAUACACUCAUCUGUUCAUCUAAAAUAUAUAUAUUAUGAAACAGAUUUUCUUUACUAGAUCUCUGUUAAAAUGCUAGGAAUGAAAAAAAAACCAGAAUUAUUGUUAAUGCAGUGAAAAUACAAAAAGCAAAAGGUGUUUUAAGAAAGAGGUGUGUAUGCAGUAGUUCAGCACAAUUGUCUUUUGCCUUGGUUCAGUCAGAGGUGGAAGGACUUUUGCACUACAUCUUAGCCAGUGACUCAGCAGAAUCUGAUCCCAAGCAUGCAGAUAAGCAGUUAGACUGAUACAGUGCUUCAAGUCUUAAGUGAGGUCUGGGGACUGAUGUUGGAAGUCUGCACUUGAACAAAAAGAGCGCGUAUUUUGUCUUCUGAAGUCUCCAGGGGAAAAGAUGCUGUGUUUGGGUAAACACAAGAUGAUACCACAAAGUGAGGAACUGAAUAAAUUGUAUUGGACGGGUUUUCAAAAAAGCUCAGGACCCCACAUUAGGGAUAGAUUCUUAAGAGAAGUGCAGUUGCUAUUUAGUAAUCCGAAAUGGAGAGAAGGUAAUUCAGCAACAAUGCAAAUUCCAUAAUUCCAAUUGGCAGGUAGCAGUCAUGGAUGCCACACCAUUUAGAAAUGUUUAGGAGAGUGAAUCUGGAUCAGAAUAAGAUUGCCUAUUGUUGGUAGUGGAAGCAAACCUUUGUAUCGUAGUUACCAGGUUCUGAGUGUUCUGUUUGUAUGGAAGUAGCAAGGACAAACACCACUUUUCCUCUGGGCAAAAAUUGCACUUCAUUAUCAAGUCAAUGUAUUCAGUAUCAACUGAUAGCUUUUCAUGUAGUUCUUGUUUAUCCUGUGCCUUAAAAUACGAACAUAUGAAGAUGUUUAAGAAAUGGCUAAAAUGAGCUUUGUUACUUGUAUGUAUCAACCACAGUCUCUAGUAUUGAAACUGUUUUUAGGAUUACUCUGCUUCACUGACAUGAAAACCAGCUCUCUUUUACCGCAGUGAUCCAGCCCAAACUCAAAUCAGCAUGCAUAUCAAUCAAGUUUGGGUUAAAAGAAUUUUAGUUUUGUCUUGAAUCCUUUAUCAGAGCUGCAGCUAAUGGUGAGAGUUGAAAUGAGAACAAAGGGUAAUCAAUUUUGUACAGAUUGCCUUUUUUGCUCAUGUAAUUCUACAUUAUGAUGCAUGUAUUCAAUAAAUGGUUCAUAUGGAAGUCAGUGUCUUGCUUCCCUCUA